AUGGCACCACCUCUCAAAACAAGGAAGAGAGUUUUGGCUAGGCACUCCAAUUCAUUAACGCAACUUUCGACAAAGCAUGCAGAGUUGGGCAGCGACGUCAAUCUACAGGAUAGGGAAUCAUGCAACGCAGCACUAAAGCAAGUCCAGAAUGCUAUAGGGGAGAUUAAAACCCUUCAAGCAACCUUUGAAGGAGCUUUAUACGCAUUCACGGACACAGUGGACAAAAUAUCGGAACCCCUCACCAAGGAAGAAGAGGAUAAAGUGUCCGAAUAUAUUACUAACGCAGAGGAACUUAUCGCCAGUUCUUCUGUCCUGCUUCUUAAGUUGGAAAUGACCAGAGCUAGCCUAGCGUCUCAUAGCCCUACAUCUCCAAUACAUAUCGGAUCUCAUCCUUCACCAGAGGUUUCUGCAGCCAAGAUAGAACUGCCGAGGAUACCAAUACCGGAGUUCAACGGCAAAAGCUGGCAAUGGGAUAGCUUCUGGGAGCUAUUCAACGCUACGACUGCACCAGUCAAGCCGCCUCAACAAGAUUCUGUUUCAAAUGCAAUUCCAAAAAAGGAAGAAAGGAAGAAGCCGUCACAUGCACGGCAGAACUUCACAAGUAAUGAGAGUAGAGGAUACCUCCAGCAAAACCCGACAAGGGGAGAUAUUCCUUUUGACAGGAACCUUGAAGGCACUGCAUCCAAGGACACAAGAGGUCAUCACGCUUCGGAUACUCUUAAUUACGGGGCAGAUCGAAGCUUCAUUGAUACUAAACUUGCCAAGGGACUUGAACUAUCCAACCAAGACACUGUUACUCUAAAACUACAAACCUUUGGAGCACAAUCCACCAAGGAAAUUCAGUGCACAAAACAUGUCUGA